UGAGAGAAAAUGGCAGCUGGUAAAGAGCAGCAGCAGCAAGCUCAUCGACCUGGCAUUUACAAACAGAAGAAUAAACAACACAAACAUGGAAAGCAUCGAACGAAGGGAGAGAUUGGACGUGAGAACAAGGGCAGAGUCGCUGUGGUGGCGCUUACCAAAAAACAACGGCGAGAGCUGAGUAAGAUUGACAGGCGGCACAAAGCCAGUCAGCUUCGUCGCAACAAGAAAGACUCGGUGCUAUCAGAGAAGCGCCGGCUGGGCAGCAGAGAUGGGCCUCCUCACUUGGUGGCUGUGAUUGGACUGCAUGCUCAGGUCGACGCUGCAGCAGUGACCCGGCUUUUGAGAGCAGAUGGAAUUGGAGGAGUGCUGCAUGAACACCGGGGAAUCACAGUGGAACGGGACAGCUUUGGCCUCGUCCUUCCACGCUUUAAACAGAGAUUCACUUUCUACCGGCCUGACACGGCUGACCUGCACUCGCUCCUGGAUGUGGCCAAGGUCGCGGACAGUUUGGUGUUUGUGCUUGAGUCCGCGGAGGGUUGGGACAGUUAUGGAGAUUACUGCCUUUCCUGUCUCUUUGCACAAGGAUUACCAAGUCAUGCUUUGGUGUGUCAGGGCAUUGCUGAGCUGGCAGUGAAGAAGCGAACUGAAUCUCGACGUUCGCUGUCACGCUUGGCUGAGGCUCGGUUUCCAGAUGCACGUCUCUUCCCCAUGGACACCGAGCAAGACGCAAUGCUGCUGCUCCGCCACUUGGGGGCACAGAAACAGAGGCGACUGGCUUUCCGCUCAAGACGCUCACACAUGCUAGUUCAAAGUGCUUCUUACACUCCCAGAAGUAGGCAGGAAGGCACAGGAGCGCCGCCUACAGGACUGGGCACUCUGCAGGUGUCGGGGUACAUCCGGGGUCGCCCACUGCAGGUGAACAGGCUGGUGCAUAUUGCAGGCCACGGGGACUUUCAGCUCAGUCAAAUCGAUGCCCCUACAGACCCUCUGCCCAUUGUCACAGGUGCACAACGGUCUGUAAAACCAGCCAAGGGACAAGAUGUGGAGAUGACGGACAGGGGUGCUGGAGAUGUGAAUGGAGCUGGAGAGGAAGUGCGUGUGUUAAUGAAAUGUGACCCGUCUCAGAGAGAGAGCCUGCAGACAGAAGCUGAGGUUGAUCCCAUGGAUGGAGAGCAGACUUGGCCUACUGAGGCUGAGCUUCAGGAGGCUGAAGAAGCCAGGAAGAGCCGAAGAGUCAUGAAGGUGCCAAAGGGCACUUCAGACUAUCAGGCCACAUGGAUUGUGGACGAUGAAGAGAACGAAGAUGAUGACGAGGAUGAUCUGAACAGCUGUGAUGAUGAUGAUGACGACGAGGAGAUGAUGGAAGAUGGAGAGGAAGCUGAAAACGAGUCUCAGGAUGGUGAGGCUUGUCAUGACUCUGGAAAGGAUGAUGAGGAAGAGGAAGAAGAGGAAAUAAGCUCCACAGGCCGUGUCGGAGCUGAGCAGAAGUACGACGAAGCCAUGGAUGAAGCCGAGGAGGAAGACGGGUUGAAGCGCUAUCGUGAAGCUCGCUCACACGAAAUGUUCCCUGAUGAAGUGGACACGCCGUUAAACGUGCCUGCUAGGAUAAGAUUUCAGAAGUACAGAGGUCUGAAGAGUUUCCGCUCCUCUCCAUGGGACCCAAUGGAGAACCUGCCUCUCAACUACUCGCGCAUCUUCCAGUUCCAGAACUUCGAGCGCACACGUCGCCGCGUCCUGGCUGAGACAGCCGUUGAGGAGGAAGGGGCCAUGGUUGGCUGGUACGUGACGCUGCACAUUGAGGACGUGCCUGUCUCCGUGAUGGAGAGCUUUCAGGCAGGCAAACCCCUGGUGCUGGUCUCCCUGCUCCCACAUGAACAGAAGAUGUCAGUGAUGCAUGUUCUGGUACGACGGCAGCCUGGUUUCACUGAGCCCAUUGCGUCGAAAGAGGAGCUGGUGUUCCAGUGUGGUUUCAGACGCUUCCGAGCUUCUCCCAUCUUCUCUCAGCACACCAGCGGGGACAAGCAUAAGAUGGAACGUUUUCUAUGUGCUGAUGCACCUACGGUUGUGUCCGUUUACGCUCCAAUCACCUUCCCGACCGCCGGAGUCCUGCUCUUCAAACAGCGAGCCAAUGGAAUGCAGGACCUGGUGGCCACAGGCAGCCUUCUGAGCUGUGACCCUCAGCGUGUGGUGCUAAAGAGGAUCGUGUUGAGCGGACACCCCUUCAAGAUUAACCGCCGUUCUGCCGUUGUCCGCUACAUGUUCUUUAACAGGGAUGACAUUCUGUGGUUUAAGCCAGUGGAGUUGCGCACGAAGUGGGGCCGGAGAGGACACAUCAAGGAGGCUUUGGGUACACAUGGUCACAUGAAAUGUGUGUUUGACAGUCAGCUGCGUUCUCAGGACACAGUGCUGAUGAACCUGUAUAAGAGAGUGUAUCCUCGCUGGACGUACGACCCCUAUGCGCCACAUCCUGUGCCCUGGGUGAAGAAAGAGGAGCCGGAGGACCUCCAUGAUGUCGACAUGGAGUAGAGAGAGGAGAGAUGAUUAUUGACUGGCAGAGGCAGUGGACUUAACUUUCACACUGUUUGUUUCGAUCACCGUAUAUAUAAUUCUAAUAGAAUAAAUGAACUGAUGAAAUAUA